AUGUCCUCUUCUCCACUAAAGGUCGCAGUCCUCGAUGACUACCAGGGCAUUUCGGAACCAAAAUUCAAGGCUCUGGACUCGUCAAAGUACGAAGUCUCCUUCUUCAAGGACACCCUCCGCCCGUAUAACCAUCCCGACACUAGUCAAGAUGUGAAGGAUCAGCUUGUCAAGAGGCUGGAGCCCUUCACUGUCAUCUCAACAAUGAGAGAACGCACCCCCUUCCCACGCGAGCUCAUCUCCCGCCUUCCCAACCUCAAGCUCCUCCUCACCACCGGCAACCGCAACCUGGGCUUGGACUUGGACGCCUUCAAGGAGCGGGGCAUCCCCGUCGCCGGCGCCGUCGACAAAUCCAACCCAGGUAGCGUCGGUUCCGUCAGCACCACCGAGCACUGCGUCACCAUGAUCCUCGCCGCCGCCCGCAACGUAGCCCAGGACGACCUGGCCGUCAAGACGGGCGGGUGGCAGACCGUUCCCGCCGUCAGCCUGCGGGGCAAGACCUUGGGUACUGUUGGCCUGGGCAGACUUGGCGUGGCGGUGGCCAAGAUCAUGAGUGUCGCUUUUGGCAUGAAGGUCGUUGCUUGGAGCAGCAACCUCACGCAGGAGAAGGCCGACGAGCAGGCUGUCAAGGCCGGCUUGCCGGUGGAGGAUGCGCAGACGGGCGAGAAGACGUUCAAGGUGGUCAGCAAGGAGGAGCUGUUUAGUACGGCGGACGUAGUGAGCGUGCACUUGGUUUUGUCGGAUCGGUCAAGGGGUGGGAUCGCCAAGAAGGAUCUGGAGUUGAUGAAGAAGACGGCCAUCUUUGUGAACACGUCGCGCGGACCGCUCGUGGUCGAGGAGGAUCUGCUCCAAGUGUUGGAGCAGGGCAAGAUCAGGGCUGCGGCGCUAGAUGUGUUCAACUUGGAGCCGCUGCCGUUGGAUAGCAAGUGGAGGACAACCAAGUGGGGAGAAGACGGGCGGAGCAGAGUGCUGCUUACACCCCAUAUGGGGUAUGUUGAGGAGGAUACGCUUUCCGGGUGGUAUGAUCAACAAAUUGAGAACUUGGAGAGAUGGGUGAAGGGCGAGCAGUUGAGUUUGAGCUUGUAUUAGGUCGAGCUUUUGGAGAUGGAUAAUCAAUAAGUAUUU